AUGCUGCCGUCACGGGUACCACUCCAGCUGCCAGCAGCGAUGGCAGUGUCGCUGGCGUACCUCAACGCCGGCAUGUUUUUCGGCUGGAGUUCGCCGAUAAUCCCGGAGCUGCAGAAGAACACGUCGCACAUCCCCAUCACGGAGGACCAGGGCUCGUGGCUGGCGUCCGUGGGCCUGCUCGCCUCGGUGCCGCCCACUCUGCUGCUCGGCGUGUUCGUGGAGACUGUUGGCCGCCGAUGGGCGCUGCUGUUCGCUGCCUUACCCCUUCUGACCUUCGCUGUGUGGCAGCGGUUCGCCACCACCUUCGGGGAACUGCUCGCCACCAUCGUGGUGGGCAGCGUCAGCACGAGCAUCAUCCUACCUCUGGGCCCCGUUUACUUGGUUGAAAUAGCCGAGGACCGCAUCAGAGGAUUCUUGGUGUCAAUGGCUACAACUGUGGCGGGACUCGGUGCCCUGCUGAUGACCGCUGUUGGGCCAAAACUGUCUUUCUUUACGGUGACCGAAAUCAUGAUGGUCUGGCCGGUCUUGUUUGCGGCCGUCUUCUGGUGGAUGCCGGAGAGUCCGUACUUCUUGUUGGCGAAGCAUCGCACGGACGAAGCGACCAAGGCGCUGAUGAGGCUGCGCGGGAAGAGUUCGGAGGAGGAGGUGCAGGCCGAGCUGGAGGUCAUCCAGAGGGGACUGGAGGAGAGCACGCAAAAGGAUGUCAGCGCCGCAGACGCCUUCCGGGAGCUGCGGAGGAACGCCGCGUCGCGGAGGCUCUUCAUGCUAUCAAUGGUCUUCACGAUGUUCGUGGUGCUGAGCGGCGUGGACGCCAUCAAUGCCAACACGCUGCAUAUCCUGGUGGAGAGUAACAGCUCGCUGGACCCGGAGCUUGCGGCCAUCGGCGUCUCCAGCAGCAUGGUGCUGUCCUGUUUUGUGUUCUCCCUCGUGGUGGACCGACUGGGUAGGAGGCCACUGCUGCUGUUCUCCUUAUGUGGCUGCUGCGUCGCCACUACAUCCCUCGGCGUCUACUUCUUCCUCAGCAUCUACGCCAGCGAGGGCGCCACAGACGAUAUCUUCUGGCUGCCUCUUGCCAGUCUCAUUGUCUUUUUUGUAAGUAACUAA